AUGGAGAUAUCAACCUCAUUCGCCAAAGCGGCGCUAGCGCUCUUCUCCGCCAUCCCAUACUUCGUCUGGGUCGUAGGCGUCCUGGCAGCUGCAGUAGCUUAUCUCUCACGUCGGCGCCGCGCCGAACCAUACCAAGUCUGCCCCCCUGAAAGCGAGACGUUGGAGAAGUCAAAGUCGCAGGUGGCCAACGACCCGGACGCCCCGGUCUCCGUGAACUACUUCCCCUCCCGCGAAUGCAACUACGCCUGCGGGUUCUGCUUCCACACCAACACCUCAGGCUACAUCCUCCCCCUGGACGAGGCCAAGCGCGGCCUGCGUCUCCUCAAGGAGGCCGGCAUGCGCAAGCUUAACAUCGCCGGCGGAGAGCCUUUCCUGCACCCAAAGUUCCUGGGAGAGCUUCUCCGGUACUGCAAAGAAGAUCUAGACCUCGAGAGCGUCAGCAUCGUCAGUAACGGGAGCAAGAUCCAGGAGAAGUUCCUCCGCGAGCACGGGCGGUACCUGGACAUCCUCGCUAUCUCGUGCGACUCGUUCGUCCGGGAAACGAACAAGGCGAUUGGGCGCGGGGAGAACGGCCAGGCGGACGGAGACCACGUGGCGCAGGUCUUCCGCAUCGCGGAGUGGUGCCGCGAGUACGGCAUCAUGUUCAAACUCAACACGGUCGUCAACAUUUACAACUGGGACGAGGACAUGGCGGCGCAGAUUGCGGAGCUGGCGCCGUUCCGAUGGAAAGUGUUCCAGUGCCUGAUCGUCGAGGGCGAGAACGAGGACGACACGCGGGUGCGCGAUGGGCGGAAGUUUCUCAUCUCCGAGGAGCAGUGGAAGACGUUCUGUGACAGGCAUAAGCACCUGCCGUGCUACGUGCCAGAGGAUAACCAGACGAUGGCCGGGAGCUACCUUCUCCUGGACGAGCGUCUGCGCUUCCUCGACAAGGGCGACGGGCCGAUGAAGAAGAGCGACUCUUUGCUGGAUGUUGGGGUGAAGAGGGCCAUGCAGCAAGUUGCGUGGGACAAAAGCGCUUUUGACAAAAGAGGUGGAGUCUACGAGUGGCGAAAACCGCAGAACGUAGAUGGUGAUGGAGGUUGCGGUGGUGGGGACAAGAAGGAAUUGGAGUGGUAG